GCUCUUUAUUUACCCGUUGCCAUGGUGAAUCCUGGUGCCACUGAUGAUGGCAGGGUGCACUCAAACUGAAGUUCUAAUGUGUACAGGUGUGGAUCCAGGUGCUUCUGAUUAUGCUGCUAUAACAAUGGGUCAGACUCACCUCAGAUCACCCAGAACACUUCCUCUAUUUCCCACGUCUUUUUCAGCAACUCGAAUCACGCAAUGAGUCAGUCACGUGAUUGCAGAAACAACACGGGGCCUCCUUUGGCUUUUGUCACGUGAUCAAAACCGUACGUGCUUCCGCACAGGUUUCAUUUAGACACGCCCCCUCUAUUCUAUUUUUGUGACGUCAUUCUUUUCGGCUCAAAACAUCAGAGGCGCUUCGUUCGAAGCUCAAAUCUAUAAGAAGCCAGAGAAGCAUUAACACAGCUGACAGAGUUUAAUUUUUGCAGCGUUCAAACUUUUGGAAACAUUUACAGCGUCAGUGUAUCAAAAUUGCAACAUGUCUCAGCACCCAAGACAGAGACAUUCUGCUGACAUUGAAUCCUUCAGAAGGGCAUUAGAUUGCACGAAGAAGGAAAAUCAAGACCUGCACAAUAUCAUUAAAAAAAUGCAGGAGGAGAAAAGUCAGCUGGAGGACAAGAAUAGUCAGCUGGAGGACAAGAAUAGACAGCUGGAGGACAAGAAUAGACAGCUGGAGGACAAGAAUAGACAGCUGGAGGACAAGAAUAGACAGCUGGAGGACAAGAAUAGUCAGCUGGAGGACAAGAAUAGUCAGCUGGAGGACAAGAAUAGUCAGCUGGAGGACAAGAAUAGUCAGCUGGAGGCCCAAAUUAAAAACCUCCCAGAAAUUUCCUCACAGGACCAACCAGGUCAAGAUCUGCAGUACAAGCCUGACUUGCAGGUCUUAAAUGCCGGUUGGGAGAUUCUGCUUAAACAAUCACAGCAGCAAAUCACAGGCCUGUUGGAAGGAAAGAAAAAAUUGCAACAGCGUCUCCAAAAAUUAGAGAACAUCGCUGAAGAGAAAAAACAGGUGGAAGCAUUAGCUGAUGAGAUGGCAGGCCUGUUUGAAAAAACUGAGGAAAAAAAUGAAGAUUUGCAGAAAAAGCUUGACGAAGCACUGCAAAUGAAUAGACAAAUGAUUAAAGAGAAGCAGCAACAGGAAGCCGAGCACAGGGAGAUGGCUUGCGAGCUUGAAGACGUGAAAGCAAAACACCAAGAGACACAACAGAAGCUUCAAGACGUGGAAAAAAUACACAAAGAGACGCAACACAGGCUGGAGGACAAGACCAGACAGCUGGAGUGCCAAAUUAAAGACCUCCCAGAAAUUUCCCAACAGGACCAAACCAGUAAAGAUCUGCAGUACAAGCCUGAAUUACAGGUCUUAAAUGAAGUUUGGGAGAUUCUGCUUAACCAAUCACAGCAGCAUAUCACAGGCCUGUUGGUAGGAAAUAAAAAAUUGCAACAGCGUUUCCAAGAAUUAGAGGGCAUCGCUGAAGUGCAAAAACAAAUGGAAGAGGCAAUUAAUGAGAUCACAGGCCUGUAUGUAGAAACUGAGGAAAAAAAUAUAAAUUUGCAGAGAAAGCUUGACGAAGCACUGCAAACAAAUAGACAAAUGAUUAAAGAGAAGCAGCAACAGGAAGCCGAGCACAGGGAGAUGGCUUGCGAGCUUGAAGACGUGAAAGCAAAACACCAAGAGACACAACAGAAGCUUCAAGACGUGGAAAAAUACACAAAGAGACGCAACACAGGCUGGAGGACAAGACCAGACAGCUGGAGGCCCAAAUUAAAGACCUCCCAGAAAUUUCCUCACAGGACCAAAGUGGUAAACAUCUGCAGUACAAGCCUGAAUUACAGGUCUUAA